AUGCCCAAGCAGGAAAUCGAGUUCACGCCUACGUCCUCCUUUGCAGCAGUGUCGACGCCAUCGAUGGUGUUGGGCGACGGUCGUUGUUGCGGAUCUUCGCACGAGAAGCUGCAGAGUGGUGUCAAGAGCCAGUUGCUUGGGAUAUCACAUUUGACAUGUGUGGUCGAAUUCCAGCGCAACGGGUGA